AUGGCGAGCCGAGGGAGGAAGAGAAAACAUGGCAAUGAAGACAUGGCACAUGGAGAGCCACAUCGGAAACACGUGAAGGUACCAGACAAGAAGACGCCUCGUUCUUCGACGGGGGAAUCUGACUACACACACCUGAAGCGUGGCAAAUAUACUUGGUCCAUUUCAUCUAGCAACAUAUCUUCACUGGAUGCGAAUACAGUGUCGGAGUCUUUGAUUGAUGAUAUCGCUCAUCAUGGCAUUUUUGAGCCAUCUCCGAUAGAGAUGCGCAGACAAAUGGGAAAAAUAGUAGCCUGGAACGAGAUCAAAGAAAAGGUAACAGAGGAGGAGUUCCGCAAGAUCGAUACCGGGACAAUCAUCUGGGAGAUCACGGCUGAGAAGACGACGAACGAGAUUGCUACUUACAGGAAUUUCGACUAUGUUCCAACUCCCGAUGGUCUUUAUUGCCUCAAGGGAGCGCCCUGGAUCAUCGAGGUCGUUAACAAAGAGUCGUGGAGUUAUGAUUGCAAGAGAAUGACUCAACACGAAAAACGGGGCGAUGAGAAGCUGACAGCAUCACAGCUCACCCAGACAGUACGGUUGCUCUAUCCAGAUGGAAAGAACACUUCUAAUGUUCGUAAUCUUCCUGUGCUCAGCGUCGGUUGGUGCAAGCAUCCGCUAACAGGCGACGGGAUCUCGCUCGUCAGUUUGAACGAAUCGAAGACCAUCCGGGCUACAAAGGGUAUGUUCGUUGUCGGCGAGCUUGACCAAUCCUCGAAACUGGCCUGGCUCGACAUGUGCCACCGAUCUAAGACUGAGAAGCUUCGAGUUGCGCGUGAAAAGCUUGAGGCAGCACGAUUGGUCGACUCUGCCGUCCCUAACCCUCCUACCGAAGUCGAGCAGACGGGAUUCCCAAGUCCUAAUUUGUUAGAUGCGAAAGACAUAUCGAAUCACACAGCCUUUGAGCAGUUCGUCGAUAGUGGGCUUGGAUCCGAAGCGCCCUCACCACCCCCAGACGGCUACCUCAACGCUGCUGAGCCUCUGCAGCAUGGAGAACGGGCGAACUGUCCAGGUUACGUUGAAUCCGCGCGCUCGUUGAGAUUAAACUCCGUAUGA